UUUUUUUUUAUUUCAAACAAAAAGCAAGUGUACGUGCAAAAAAUGUUUCAUUGUGGUUUAAUGGGGAUUUUGUACCGAACUAUUUGUUGGCCGGGCACUGUUGCUUGACAAAAACCCCCACAGUGAUUAGGACAGAGUUAUUAGGAGCUGUAACAAGAUGCUUGUAGAAUUUAGUUACUUCUGAACAGAGCCAAGGUCAGUGUUUUCCCAUUUUUUGCAGUGUUUGGCUCGCCAACAGUUUGCAGCGGCCUCUCAUGGCAGUGGUAUUAAUCUUGCAAGAGCAUAAAUUUGCUUAUUUCCCAAAAGUGACCUGUUCCUUUAAAAGGAAGGAUACACUCUUCACUGGCAGGCAACAGAGCAUGAACCUGGGGUCUCGGUGUCAAAGAUGAAGAUGUGUUGAGCCUGUCUUUACAACCCUUAUGUUUCACUUCACCAUAUGAACAUGAUUUUGUCAACUGGCAAAAAAACGGAACAUUUUUAUUUACUGCGACUCCAAGGGAGACUUGACUUCAUGGUCGAUUUCAAAUUGUGUUUUGAUAAACUAGACAGGUUACACAGGGACAUACAGUAUGUUUUUCUGCCUGCCUGGCCAAAGAGGAGCAAAAUACUUUGCCAGCAAGUCAGUAGUGUUAAUUUGUCUUCAUCCAGCCCACUCAGGUAAGUUUGCUAAAGGGUAGACAGAUUCUCAGAAUUCAAAUCAACACAUUGAAAAACAGAUGUACAGCCCGCCCCCUAACUCAAAGAGAAACGCAGGCCACAUAUUUUUGACAUGUAGUGAUACACAUUUGGCCACAUUGUGUAAAGUGUUGUGGUCCAAAUAGCAGCUUUAACUUAGCCGUUUGGCAUCUCCAUAUACAUUUACAUACAUUUUGCUUCAAUGAGAAAAUGACGACAACAAAAAAACAAUAAUCACGUCCUCAACCACACGUCCAAAACCUUUUGUCAGCUUGGUCUGAAGAGCCGACAAAAAUACAUGUAAUUUCGCCUGUUGCCACUAGACGGGGUGAGAGACGGGGAGCGGGGGUUUGUCAACUGCCUGCCCAUAAUAACCACCAGACAUGACUCAUCCAGCGUGGAAUACCACAGCAGCCACAGACAGGUCUCUGGCAGACAAGGAGCAGAAAUUCGACUCUUCAGCAGAGUUUGUGAAUGGGACAGGAAUGAGCAAAACCAGGGUAGAUUUAAUAGUGCUGCGAUACGUUUCAAAGAUGUCGGAGUUUUGAAAAUUCAUUGAGUGUUUGGUUUGGCCUGUUUAUAAAAGUCAAGUGGCUAAAUACUGUGUGUUUUUAUUGAUAAGAUCUAACGGACUAACCAAGAAGAACUUUUUCUCCUUGCUUGCCUUCGUUUCUUUUGUUUAACUCCUCGUUGGUUUCCGUGAUUCUUUGGCCAACGUCCUGCUCAUCAAGUCAUCACGUGGAGUUCCUCAAACACAGCGCAGGGACAACAUAUCACCUCGUCAGAUAUGAUUUUAGCUCUGAUCAUCGUCAUUCUUGCCCAGACUUCCCCCGUGGAGAGCACCACUCAGUUUGAAGACAAACACAUGUUGGACAGUCAAAUUGUUAUUUGCUUAUGUGGAGUCCGUCCAAGGCUGGAGGGCCUGUAGAGCCAAGAGUCUAAUCUGUGGGCAUAAGGAAUAACACAGAAAUAACAUAUUGUACAACUUAAAGUAUGGCAGGGGAGCAAACUGUGAGCGGUCACAUUACAUGAAAACAGCAGGCAGGAAGUGUUUUGCAACAGCGGAAAAUCUUCAGGUCCAGUCUGACCACCAGACGGUCACACUUCAUCUGGCCUGAAGGCUGCGGUCAGUGAAUGGAUACCUUCCCCAUCAUAAGGUUGGAUACACUGUCAUACAUUUGUCUCUGGCUGCCCCCCCCACACACACACACACACUUUUCUCCCGUUUCUUAUUUAUUCCUCCCUUUCCUUCCUCUCCUUUCCUUCUUUCCUGCUUAACAACCUUACCUCAUCACAAGUUUUUACCUCUACACCCCCCCCCCACUUUACCUUUCUAACAUUCUCAUUCCUCCCACUCUCACCCUCUUUCUCUCUCUGUUUGUGGUCAGUCACACUUAAUCUAGCUCCAUCCAUCUGUUUCUCUUCAUUCGUUUAGUCCGGUCUGUUUUCGAUUAAGAUUACAUCAGGCUUUGACCUAUUAGUGUGCCGUGAUCCUUUUGAAGUCAUUUUGUGGUUACAGGUUAAGCUCAAACCCCACCACUCUUCUUACUCUACAUAAUACAGACAGUAUUUGGAGGAGGGGGGAAAAACGGUAUAGGUUCUUAAAACUUUUUAGCCUGGGACCAAAAUGACUUUUUCCCCCCCCUGGGAUCCAGGAUCAUUAAAUCAUACAAGAGUUCUUGUCAUGUGGAGACCCGCGAGAGGCGGGCCUGCACCCCAUUUUAGGUCCCAACCUAUAAUCCAACCUAGCAAUCUGUGAACUGGAAUAUAUUGUUCAUUUAACCUCAUAGCUGUAGGAUUUUGAUUAUAUUUUUAAGAUGACUUUCCCGACCAGAGAAUUUCUGUUCCUUAUUAGGGCUGUAGUUCAAAGUCAAGCUCGUUUUUCCCACUAAACAUGACGCAGACCUCCUAUAGAAAAUAAUGUGUCUUCAGGAACCAAAUGAGAAAUGUAACUAUUGACAUGACGCUCAUUAAAACCAUUAUUAAUGCUGUUCUUUAUUUUUUGGAGACCACGCACGAAGACCUGCAGAUCCUAAAAUCUAGCAGGAUAUAAAUCGGAUAUACAUCCUCAUUUCCUAACUUUAGUACUGAUCCCUUAUAUUGCCCCCUCCGUCAUCUUUGAUCAGUUGGCUACUGAAUAAAAUGUCGGUGUUCAUUUCCAGAUGUCCAUCAAGAUAUCAUCUCUGAAACCUCAAAGUUAACUCCCCUUUUUUUUUUCCUGCACUUGGAGGCCCGUGAAUAGAAAUUGAAUGAAAUGUUAAACUGUACAUCAUCAUUAUUCCUGGGUCAAAGCUCGGGUAAGUAGCCAAUUGGCCGCGUCGUGAUGCUAAACUGACAUAUAUUGGCCAAAUUGUGGCAGGGUAGGAUGUUAAAGUCAUUUAGACUCAUCAGGCUAAGUGGACACAGUUGACUGAGAGGUCUCGAACCUCCCCACGUCUGGUUGCGGGUAGAUUUCGGUGCCAACAAUUCUCAAUUAGAGCAGUGGAUGAGAGGACAUCUGGUGUGUCUGCUUGACAUAUGUUCAUGGACGUACGCCAACGGGCCUGAGUUCGUUUAUCAAAUGAACCAUACAUGUCCAUCUUUUCAACAGAUAGACAUGGACCAUUUAGCACUUCAGUCAAUCGUGAUGGUCUCUGAUUGUACCAAUGCCGUGACAGUGUCGGAGAAGACACCAUAUGUCCGAUCACUAGGUUUUCAGCAAUGGGUAACAUUGAGUAAUUAUAUGCAGUAAUUAUUAUUUUCACACAAACAAUUAGUCAAGUAUGAUAUAUGAAGGAUGAAGUCUUUAUUUGGACUAUCUAUAUUACCGUCAUUAAAUCAUACUGACAAUUAUAGGGACUGUCUGUAAUGUCUGUAAGCAUGUAUAAUAAAAUGUGGGACACAUCACAAGAGGGUUCACGCUGAAAUUGAACUUUAAUUAAACAUAUACCAGGUUAAGUGCACAGACAGGCAGUCAGAGUAAACAAAAUAAUUGCAUGAUGGGUUAUAAAUGCGAGACAGAAACACGGGACAAUUGCUGGAAGGCUUGAUGCUGAAGAUGAUCUGGUAGUCGAGCUUAAAUACUAUUGAAGAAGUGAAUAAAUGGGGAACACGUGUAAAUGAUUAGGGCAUGACUAGCAAUCACAACCACAAGUGAGGAUGUCUGCAAUGAGGGAGAGUGGAGCGUGUUUCAAAAUCAAACAAGACAUGGCGACAAGCAACCUUUUCCCUCCAUUUGUGCAUCAAACUAAAAAUGAAACAGACAAAGUGAGUCACAGUAGGUCAGUGCAGUCAGCUGUUAACCAUAAUGAUGGUGAUGGGGCAGCCCAUGCCCAAGAGGAAAGGAAUUGGGCUUGUGACCAGAGGGUCACCGGUUAAAAACCCAGGUCAAGGGCUGAGGUGCACCCUGAGCAAGGCACCCAAUCCCCCACUGCUCCUGUGCCCUGCCUGUGUGUUCACUACUGGUGUGUAAUUAGGAUGCUGAGGUCAAAGUCACGAUCACUAAUUGGUGUGUGUGCAAAAAUAACUCAUUCUAAUUUUAAACACAGCUAACGGUGACACACGUUUGUUGGAAAGUGAAACUGUGCUGAAGAGGAAGUGACUGAAUAUUGGACAUAAAUAAGCAAAUCUAAUUUGCUGUCAGGUCUAAAAGGUGUUACAUCUGUUAUACUUAAGUAUCAGGAAAAUCAAUGUUUUCAACAUUAUGAUUAUUAUCAUGAUACAUAGACUUAAAAUUAAGUUUGGGUUCAGUAUGUAAUCUUUAGUAACUUUCUUAUUAUAGACUGAAACUGACACAAUCACAUGGAUGUCACAUCUCAACUGACCAACAAAAGGAGAAGUGAGAAGAAAAGUGAAAAUAGAAACAGCUGGAGGAUCAGACACUAGUUAAGUGAAUUUACAAACAUGAAUACCCCCUCCUCCUCUUCCUCCUCCUCUCCUCCCCCCUCUUCCUCCCCCUCCUCCUCCUCCUGCUCUCUUCUGCUUUUGGCUCCCCUCACAUUACCACAUCACCAUGCAUCUGUCACUCCUAUAAAAAUCCCACUCAUCACAGUACGAGUGGCAGGCAUCGCCCACGAUUCUCUCUGUUUGACUGGCUGAGGUGAAUGAAGAUAUUAUAAGAGAGCUCGUGUCAGCGGAGAUGUUGGCAGGUGCGCUAGUUCUGGGCAUCAUCCUAACAGCUUUACCAGGUAUCCAGAGCAGGUGGAGUGUGACAUUUUCUAGGAAGGAGAUCUGUGUGUGGGCCGGGACCACUGUCACUCUGCCCUGUCGCUAUGACUACCCAUCAGGCCACACUGUAAAGCGAGUCAUGUGGUUCCGAGUGUCUGCAGAGGGUCGCAGGGAGUUCACCCACCACACUGACACAAACCAGAUCAGUCUGUCAUACCGUGGGCGCACACGCUACAUUGGGGGCAGCUACUCCAGCUGCUCAGUCCAGAUUCGAGGUGUGAAGCUGAGUGACGCGGGUCAGUACCACUUCAGGUUCGAGACGGACCAGCAACUGGGCCGAUGGACCUCCCCGGACACGAUUAGUCUGGACGUAACAGACCUGCAGGUCCAGGUGCAUCCAGCCAGACCCGCCAACAUGUUUGGCUUUGGAGAGACAGUGUAUGUAGGCUGCCAGGCCAGCGGAUGUGCAGCACCAGGAAGGAGUCUGGCUCUCUACAGGAAUGGAAUAAACCUCGGCUCCUACGAGAAAUGGAUGAUCAUCACCCGCUUUGACCGGCAGCAAGGUGGAGCAUACACCUGUCGCCCGAUCCCACCACAGAAUGUGCAGUCCCCGUCCGUCUCCCUGGCUCUGGGACAUGGUCCUCAUUCCACGUCAAUCGCAGUCUUUCCUGGAGGGGAGGUGACUGAAGGGGGGUCCGUCACUCUGACCUGCAGUAGUGACGCAGCUCCACCUGUAGAGAGCUUUGCUUGGUUUAAAGACAUGGAGAGUGGCAGCAUCCCAGACAGUUUCAGGCCUCGGCUCCAUCUGUCCCAGCUCAAAUACACAGACAGAGGAGAAUACUUCUGUGUAGCGCGCAACUCACUGGGAACAGAUCGCUCUCAACCGCUGCUGCUCAAUGUCACUUAUUCUCCAAAGAGCACACAUGUGCUGGUGAGUCCUCGAGGCGACAUCAGAGAAGGUUCAUAUGUCAACCUGAGCUGCGUCAGCCAGGCCAACCCUCUCACAAACAGGUACGCUUGGUAUCAUAUUCUAGGAGAUCAGGUGUUGGCUAAAGGAACACUUCAGAACUUGACGUUCACAUCAGUACGUGCUCACCAUGCUGGUCAGUACUACUGCACGGCGUCAAACGGAUUAGGAUACCAGAGUUCCCCGGUCGCGACACUCGCUGUGCUCUACCCUCCCAAGAACACCUCGGUUCUGGCUCGUCCCUCUAGUGUGGUGGAUGCGGGCCGACCGCUGACUCUGAUGUGCAGCAGUCAGGGCAACCCAGUAGUGGACAACUUCACAUGGCACCGUCUCUCUCUGGACGGGGGCUCUGUACAAUCCUGGGGCAGCAAGUCUGGUCCUGUUUUCACCUUCUCGGAGGUCGGCCCCGGGGAGAGCGGCCAGUACUACUGUGAGGCCAGGAACCGAAUCGGAGCCCACAGGUCUCCAGUCCUCACCGUACGAGUCAGAGGUCGUCUCAAGGUCAUUGCCCUGGCAUCAGCAGUGGGCGUGUCUGCUGCACUCAUCACUCUGACAGUGGCCAUUAUGAUCAGUAAGAACAUGCACAGAGUAGACAUGGAGUCAGCAGAAGUAGUAAACAAGCGUCCGUCAGUGACAGCUGACACCAUGUUCUAUGAGUCAGCACAACAGACCUUCCCUGUGAGAAAGGGCAAGAUGUCUGACAUCCCCGUGAGCAACAAAUCUGACUCAUUAUUACAAUUGAUCUCAAUGUUUGAUAGUUUGUUUUCGUGUCCAUACAUACAUGUAUGUUUAUUUGUGCAGGAAGAACCAGAGGAUUUGAGUGACAGCUCCCACCCCUCCAUCGUCCCUCUGAAGGAUGCACCACCAAUCCCAGAGGCGGAAACUUGCAAUCCUGCCUCCACCUACAUCACUGUCCACUACUCCAGAUUAUCCAGUUCAGACCAAGUGCAGUUCCAAAACAUGCCACUGGGUGGCGACCGAAAACCAAAGGACUCCUCAAAGUGUGUUUACUCCUUACUGCCCCAGACUCGUCCCUGAACACAAGAGACAGCUGAAUGAAAUGCCAGCCUUCGUCACUGUGCUUCCAUUUGCCCAGCAAGGACUGAGAAAAGCAGAAACAAACACUUAAUAUGCCUUACUUACACUCUUCUGGGUCACACACACGUAUUCUAAAACUCUCUGUGGUUCUUCGGUCCAUGAAGGCAACGCGUGGACCUGCUGCUGACUGGAAGUCCUGCCUUUGCACCGUGUUGCAUGUCUCUCCUGUUUUUUAUCAGUUUUUUUUAUCAUAUUAAGUAUCUUAUCGCAAUAAUAUGUCUUAUGAAGAGAAAAUGAGAAAGUAUAAAACAUCAGUAAUAAUUUCAACUGCAUUCAAAUCCACUGGACAGGUCAUAGCCACUGUUGCUUUUUCGUUCAUGCUUGACACUAAAAAAUUGCCACCUAGAAUAUGUAGAUGACACAGUGCGAGUGCUUGCCACUUUAACCUUUGCAUCCACAGAUUACAGAUUAUCAUUUGUAUUCAAAUGUAAUGGUUUACAUUAAAAUUGACAGAGUGGUAAUACGGUCUCUUUGGUGCAUUUCUCACAUCCUACUUAACAGAGCUGGCCCUGGGCAUAGGCAGUAUAGGCAAAUGCUAGGG